AAACUGCACACCCCGGCCUUCGAGCGGAUGAAGCUCCUGUCGAAACCGCACCCGAUGCAACCGACCUUCGACUGGGAGACGCCGUCGGCGAGCCUAACGGCCAAGCUGCGGAUGGUGGAGCUGCCGCACGACGCGACCCUUCCGGAAGACGAGCAGGCGAUCUUUGUGGCGGACGACAUGUGGGUGCCGAUCGCGAUCGUGAACGGCAACGUGCACAUCCUGCCGGGGGUGCCGCGGCUGUUCGAGCGGCUGCUGGAGCACCUGAAGCCGGCGCUGCUGCCGCGGCUGGUCAACCCGGAGGAAGGCACGGGCAUCUACCGGUACCUGUUCAGCACCCCGUUGCCCGAGAGCACCGUGGCCGGGUAUCUGACCGAGCUGGCCGCGCGCGUCGCCGACCGCGGCGUCAAGGUCGGCAGCUACCCGCGCUGGGGCAACAAGCGCAACACCGUCACGCUGGUCGGCGCCGACAAGGCGCUGCUGGACGCGCUGAUCCCGGAGGUCGAGCGCGAGGUCCAGGGCAAGAAGGUCCUCCGCGAGGAUGAGUUGGAUCCGCCCUCCGAUGCUGAGGAGGAGAAGUGA